GUCGUCUCAACAAUCUCCGCCUUUCUCUCCUCGCGUCUCUGCCGACCGUAUCUCUCCGUUCAUACUCACAAACGCCCAACCAGCUUGCACGUGCAAUGGCAUCUACACACGGCGGUCCCGUGGAGACGGCCACGUUCGCCUCAGGUUGUUUCUGGGGCACCGAACAUAUCUUUCUUAAGAAAUAUCCUCCGCAAGAAGGGAAGGGAAUAUUAAAGACUAGGGUGGGCUACACAGGUGGUAGGGACGACGCGGAGAAUCCUAGUUAUCAGGACGUAUGCACCGGUCGGACAGGACAUGCUGAGGCAGUUAGAAUUGAUUUUGAUCCUGAGAAAGUUUCAUAUGGAGAGCUCGUCGAAUAUUUCUAUUGUACACACGAUCCGACCACUGUAAACAGACAAGGAGCUGAUACCGGCACACAGUAUCGUUCGGCCAUCUUCUACCAUUCACCUGAGCAGAAGAGGAUUGCAGAACAAGUGACACAGGAUGUCCAGAAAGCGCACUUUGACAGGCGUAAUGCGAAGAUCGUUACUUCCAUCGAACCAGCGGGAAUGUGGUACGACGCAGAGGAGUAUCACCAGGAGUACUUGUUUAAGAAUCCGAGUGGUUACCAGUGUCCGACCCAUAGAGAGCAUUGGUGAAGCACUGGAUUAACUCGAAUCUGUUGCUGUCGCACUUGUGAGGACCAGUAGACAUGCAAAUUUAUGGGUUUAUUUUUGGAAUUGUUGUAAAAUGAG